AUGGCGGCAAAAUCGAAAGCGGCUAAGCUAAAGGAGCGUGACCGAAUUGAAGCAGUAAAAAUCAAACGACGUCUUUUAGGUGUGAAAUUCUCGCUAUCCAAUAGGAUGUAUGCUCUAAUAUCUUGGAGUUCAAAGAAUGGUGUAGCACUAGGAAGAGAAGAACUUGAAGUGAGAUUAACAAUGAAGCUAACAGUCAUGAAUGGAGGAAAGAUGGAGCCAGGGGCAACUGUCAGCAUGCUAUUCGGAAAAGAAAUCUGGGGGGCACGAUUCAAUUCCUCCAUGGUCACCCCUGGUGAUGUCAGCAAUGUGGAAGAAGUUUCAGGGACUACUGGAAAUCAGGGCUCAAGCAAGAAGUCUCAAAGGAAGAGAAAGAGUAAGAGUUAUGGAAAAGACUUCAAGGAAAAUGAUGACACUGAAGAGAGUGACAACAGUGAAGAAAAUAACAGUUCAACCUGCUCUCCAGUACUUAAGGAAACAAAUGGUCCAGGAAACAAAGCCAAAUGUAAGAAAGUGUCCAAUAAGCUGGCAGAGAAAGAAAAGGGGAAAAAACGGAAAUCUUCCGCACAGAAAGAAAGAGAAUUAAACAUUUCCUCCCAGCAUGAUGAGCUGGUCAUAACACAGAUUUUGGGGGGCAAUCCAGCAGAAGAGCCACAUGUACAAGCCCCCGAAACAGCAGAGGAGCUACUCCAAGUCCCCCAAAAAGUUCCAUUGCAUCCACACUUUGGAGGAAAACAGCCCAAACAGCACAAGCCUCCAAAGUGUAUCAGUGUGAUAUGCAGGGAAGAGAAAGAUGAAAUGAAAGGGCAACUGACAGAAAUACGCAAUGAGUUAGAGAGAACAAAAGAAGAAUUGAACACGCUAAAAGCCUUGCAGCCCAGCACCACUGCCAUCGACUCUAUAAAAUACGGAAAGGUCCCACAAUCAAUGGGUAUGACUAAAAAUUGGGAAGAGAUUUUGAAUGGUGUUUGGUGCUGCCCAGUCAAGGUAAAGGCAGCCAUAAGAACCUCUGCCACACGCACAGCACUGGUACUUACACUGUUUCCCAUAUUUUACCCUAAAGAAGAAAUAAAGGGAAGAAGGCUUCAUAAACUUGAUCAAGACAUCAUUGAAGCAAUUACUGAUUUUUCGCUUGUUGCUAAGCUCACCAAAGAGCCUGUACUGAAAAAAACCAAAGAUGGAGAAGAGAAGAAACCGCCUUCACCUGUAUCCCGCAGUGGCAUUAAACAAGCCCUGUGGAUGAAAUGCAAUAGCCUGAUUUCCCUGCAACGAAGAAAGGUAUCAGUUUAUAUCAUCGCAUCCUGUUAUUAAAAUUUUAAGUUCUUACUAGAUUGCUUACUAUUAAUAGAAACAAUGCUUAAUUUUUCCAUUUUGAUGUAUACAUACAUGUUAUUUCUUUUUAAAGGGAGAGGAAACUGCUGCUGCUGCAGGAACCAGAGAGACCUCCUUAUCUUCUUAAAAUUUAACUUUCUAUUGUAAAUUGUACCACUGUUCGUCUUUGCAAUUGAUUUUAGAACUGACUUUGUGACUUAAUGAUACUUUAUCCUUAAUUUGUCAUUGUUCUAAGUCUUCACUGAAUGGACAAAUUGAAAAGAAAUUCAAUUUCGAAAUUUUUACAAUUGCGUUCUGUAAUUUUAACUUUUUUUAUCCCUUUAUAUUGUUGUAAUUAACAGAUUUAUCUCAAUCUACAACUGCUGUAUAAGAGAAAUGGUUCAUUCCUCAAGAGCCCUUUUUUACCAUGUCUAUUCUUGUUAUGCUGUUUUCUAAAAAAAACACUGUUAAGUCAUUUCUCUACAUUUUGGGCAAUUUCCAUUUUACAUUCACUAUACACUAUAAUUUUUCUAUGUGAAUUCUAUGCAAAACAUAUUCAAUCAGAAUUGUUAUCACUUUCAAGUUAUUUAAACACUAUGUUGUAACUAGUUCAAAGCUAUUUAUAUUAUAUGUUUUACCUAUGUUAAUUUGAAAAAUACUCACCUCCAUUAAAAAGCUCUUUAUAUCAUAUGUUUACUCUAUUUCAAUGUUAUUUAAAAGGUACGUUAAUAGUAUUUAAAGGCUAUUCAUAGCAUAGGUUCUCCUUUUGAUGCUAUGUAAUCACUAUAAGGGAAUAUUCCAGCUCCAUUAAGUGUUAUGUAAAAGCUAUGCUAUGUAAGUUGUAUUUCAAAUAUAUGCAGAUGCUAUUUAAAGGCUAUUUCA